UAAACUUUUUUAUUUUUUUUUUAAAUGAAUCUCGAACGUUUCAUUUCAACAUUUCAAAAGGAUUAUGAAUGUCCCGGCAACAGUGCUUUGUUUCCACCCAGACUUACGACGAUGGACCCCCGUGCUUUCGAAAUGGAAAUAGACGACUGGAUGAAACUACCCCAGACAAGGGAAUACAGGGAAACCGACUGCACUUGUAAACUAAGACCGUCGCAGUUGUUAGAUAAAUUACAAGAAAAAUACCCCCCGGUCUACGAAGCCCUCAAGAGGGCACCACCAGGUUACUUAAACGCACGAGUGGACAGGGAUCGGUUCAAAACAACCCACAGGAUCGACUACGGCAACGUUAAGCCUACAAUCAUCCCUCAGCACGUGAGGGACGUGUUCAAGUACUUCGAACCGCCGGAAAAACCGCCCUGUUCCACAGCGAUAGAUCCCAGGGACUUUUGCCAAACAAAACCGACCCGAGCACGAAAGAUAAACGGUAUAACGGGACCACAAAGUGAACAACUUAAUCCCACGAUCUUGAGAGAAGAAAUAGUAUUUCCAAAUGAAAAGCACAUCAGCCCGUUUGGAGGGGCGUCCGAAUACAAAGACGGUAUUUGUAAAAUCGGAGAAAACAUUAUGAAGGAAAACGCUACUUUGAAAUCCAAAGGAAAGAAAAAGAAGACGAAGAAGGCGACACCAACUUUGGAAAAAGCAAAACCGAAAAAGAAAUGCGAGUCUUACACGUAGUAGAAGGGUAAAAAUGGUUUUGUUAAUUUAUUGCAAUAAAUCUUUUUGUUAUUUUGCUUUUAUUAGAAACGAGAUUUUCUCAAAAGGGGUGCAUAGUAGUAGGAGGAGAAAGAAUUCAUAAGGGAAAGCGUUUGAAAUUCUCUCAAGAUGGAAGAACACAGAUGUAAUAAAUAACAGCGUCUUUACUAAAAGCAAAAAACUGUUUUCCUGUUUGAAGCAGGGAGGCAAUCGGGAAGAUUUUUAUGGCCGUUGGCCCUUCGUUUCGAUUAAAAUACGAAACUGCCAGAAACCGUGUAAUUUGAAAAAAGUUCCGGAGCUGUUUUACAAUUUCAUUAAAGUCCUGUCCCGAUCAGAACGAGGUCAUUCGACAGAAAAGAAAUCGUUUAAAUUAAAAUGUGACUUUUGAAGUCUAAUCUUUCACCCGACACAAAAUGAUGUUUAAUGAAGCGCAAGACGAAAAACACCAGCAGUUGACCAAAAAAAUCACAAGUUAAUGCUAUUACCGCGCCCUGGAUGAGGAUAAUUACCGAACGGAGAAAAACGAUUAAGGGAUAA